GGCCGAACUGACUCCGGUGGUAAACUUGGCGAACAGCACUCUCUACGACCUGUUCUGCUUCUCCUGCUGCUGUCGCGUUCGCUCUAACACCACAACGAGCUUCACUCACGAUCCGGACUCCCUUCCUGUCGCAAUCGACCGAUCCUCACACCCGAGAACCACGUCACAAAGAGCACAUCGCAGGCUGCCACCAUGUCGUGGGCAGGUUUCAAGAAAAAUGUCAACCGCGCUACGACGCAGGUUAUGAUGAAGACUGGUCAUGUCGAGCGGACAAAUGACCGAGACUAUGAGAUUGAGGAGCGGCGUUACCGGACAAUGGAGGCCGCGGCGAACCGGCUGCAAAAGGAGGCCAAGGGGUAUUUGGAUUCAUUGCGAGCCAUGACCGCCUCUCAGAUGCGAAUUGCAGAGACCAUCGACGCUUUCUACGGUGACGCCGGUACUCGCGACGGUGUAAGCCGAAGCUAUAAGCAGGCCGUAGAGGACCUCGACGCUGAGACCAUCAAGGCUCUUGACGGGCCAUACCGAACCACCGUCCUCGAACCAAUCUCUCGCUUCUGCGCCUACUUCCCGGACGUCAAUGAAUGCAUCAAAAAGCGCAACCACAAACUCCUCGACUAUGACGCCAUGCGCGCCAAAGUCAAGAAGCUAGUCGAAAAGCCCGAUAAGGACGCCACCAAGCUUCCCCGCACCGAGCGCGAGACCGAAAUGGCCAAGCAAGCCUACGAGCAACUCAACGAGCAACUCUUUACCGAACUCCCCCAGCUCAUCGACCUGCGCGUGCCGUACCUUGACCCCAGUUUCGAGGCGCUGGUCAAGAUUCAGCUGCGCUUUUGCGCAGAGGCGUACUCGCGUAUGGCUCAGGUGCAGCAGUACUUGGAUGCGGAGACAAGAGAUCAGUACGCGCGGGGUGAUUUGGAUAAUCGGGUUGAGGAGGUGCUGCAGGAGAUUCGGGAGUUGAGUAUAGCAGGGACCGUUUGAGGAAUGAUGGUGGUGGGGGUUUGAUAAUAAUGGAGUACUAACUGUUCGCAUAUUGGGGUUAUGUGCUUUCUCAUCUUUAUGUUGGCUGUCUUUUACCUUUGCCUGUUUAUUUUGUGCUCCUCGCAACCUGACG